AUGGCAACAACAAUAAUCACGACCGCCACGGCGGAAAGGGUUUUCCUCCCAAUCAAAGUGGAGAGCCUUCCACCCGUCCUCACCUUCGAGGCUGAUGCCGAUCCAGCAGAUGUGAUAAAAGCGCUCAAAAUCAGUGGCGGAUGUAGGGUCAAAGGGGCCGUUGAUAAGAAGAUCCUUGCCCAGGUGGAAAGGGAGUUGCGCCCACAUAUCGAGGCGGAUGUUGUGUGGGAGGGAGACUUCUUUCCGAUCCAAACUCGGAGGGUUGAGGGCAUGAUCGGCAAAAGUCCAAUCUGUGCCGAGCAUAUCAUCAACCAUCCACUCUAUCAGGCUGUGUGCAAGGAGUUCCUGACAACCAAGAACUGGUAUUGGAGUGGUCAAAAGAAAAUCUUUGCAACGUCGGAUCCUCAGCUCAACAAUUCGAUUUGUUUCUCCAUCGGACCGGGAGCAUGGGACCAACCUCUCCACAGGGACAGCUGGUGUCACCAGACUUAUGAGAAAGAAGUGGCAGUAUAUCCUGACAAUUAUGAUCGAGAUGUUGGCAUCGGCUGGUUCAUUGCUGGUAAACCUGCGACUCGAGAAAAUGGUGCGACAAGAUUUAUCCCCGGCAGUCAUCUCUGGUCCAAGGACCGACCACCUCAGGAGGAACUUGCUGUACACGCCGAGUUAGAACCAGGGGACGCCUUUAUGAUGUUGAGUUCAUGUUAUCACGGUGGUUCUGCCAACAAGACGACAGAUCAGGAACGGUUGCUCUUCAGUUGCUUCAUGACCAAGGGCUGGCUGCGGCAGGAAGAAAACCAAUACCUGGCCAUCUCACGGGAGGUGGUGCUUAAGAUGCCUGUCCAUAUCCAACAGCUGAUGGGUUACAAGCUGAGCCAGCCGUUCUGUGGGUGGGUGGAAAGUGAUGAUCCGCGUGUUGUGCUGGACCCAUCGUUAAAGGACGACCCGUCAGGACAUUAUGACGAAGAUAAAGACGAGCAUUAA